UCGAUGGAGAAACUCAUGAGAAAGUUUUUUGGGCGCAAGAGUAAAGUUACAAUGGUGAAUAACAACAAUAACAAUAGCAUGGGAAAAAGAUGGAGAUACUUGAGCGGCCACAAGAACAACUGGAAUGGCCUUUUGGAUCCACUCGACACUGAUCUCCGUCAAUAUAUUAUUCAAUAUGGAGAAAUGGCUCAAGCUGCAUACGACACCUUCAACUCAGAAAAAGUUUCAAAAUUUGCAGGAAGCAGUCAUUUUUCCAAGAAAGAUUUCUUCUCCAAAGUGGGUCUUGAACAUAAUCCAAUUUCUUCCAACUAUUGUGUUACAAAAUUCUUGUACGCGACGUCGCAGAUCUGGGUGCCAGAAGCGUUCAUGGUGGUGCCACUGUCGAGAGAAGCAUGGAGCAAAGAGUCGAAUUGGAUUGGGUAUGUGGCAGUGGCCACUGAUCAAGGCAAGAUGGUUCUUGGGAGAAGAGAUAUUGUGAUUGUUUGGAGAGGAACUGUGCAGACUCUUGAAUGGGUUGAUGACUUUGAAUUCAAUUUAGUUUCUUGUCAGAAGAUCUUUGGAGAUGAUCAUAAUGAUGCUCAAGUUAGGGUUCAUCAAGGUUGGUACUCUAUUUACACUUCUGAUGAUCCACGUUCGCCUUAUAACAAAACCAAUGUCCGAGACCAGGUACUUGAUGAGGUAAAGAGACUAGUGGAGCAAUUCCAUGACGAGGAAAUUAGCAUAACUACUACAGGCCACAGCUUAGGUGCCGCGAUUGCAACAUUGAAUGCCAUUGACAUAGUUGCCAAUGGAGUCAACCAAUCCAGGAAACAUCUAAAGAAGAGUUGUCCCGUAACAGCUAUUGUCUUCGCCAGUCCUCGUGUGGGUGAUUCAAGCUUCGAAAAGGCAUUCUUAGGAUGUCAAGAUCUUCGAGCCUUGCGUGUCCGUAAUGCUAUGGAUGUCGUCCCAAACUAUCCAUUGAUAGGUUAUUUGGAUGUUGGGGAGGAAUUGGUAGUCGAUACACGAAAAUCAAAGUACCUUAAAAGCCCUCAAGGUAUAUCAACUUGGCAUAACUUGGAGGUGUAUUUGCAUGGCGUAGCAGGAACACAAGGGAGUAAAGGAGGAUUUGAAUUGGAGGUUAAACGUGAUAUUUCACUCGUUAACAAAUCUCUAGAUUGUUUGAAGGAUGAAUAUCUUGUGCCAGUUUCAUGGAGGAUUCUACAGAAUAAAGGUAUGGUUCAACAGAUGGAUGGAUCUUGGAAGCUGAUGGAUCAUGAAGAAGAAGAUGAUGAAUCAUCAUUAUAGUUUACUGUUGCCUUUUAAUUUUAAUUUUCUUCUUCUUUUUUUGAUAUUGUUUUAGGUGUUUGAUCAUUAAUUUAAUAUGUUCCCAACAAAAUAAGCAAGAAGAAAAAGGUUAUUGCAAGAACAUUACUUCCCUUACCAGUUACCCGUGAAAAUAAGUUUGCUUUUAGUGUAAA